UGGGCAUCCCACCAUCAACACUGCCAUAUCAGUCAUUUUCCUGGGCACUACCCGGUCUAAAAUCAACUUCUACCACUAUAAUCAUGCCAUCGCAAGAGGCCAAGAUCCUCGGUGACUUCCUCCUCGCACCUGCUCCCCUGCGCGACUUCACCACCCUACGCGACUUCACCGACAUCUUCCCACGCGCACACCGCUCCAACCCCGCUGUGCAGGAAAUAUAUCGCGAGCUUCAGCACAUACGCGACAAGGACAUCGAGCUGAUCCGUCAGGACAUCAUCGAUGAGGUCAAACGGUCUAAACAGUUGAGGCGCGAGUACGCUCGGGAGAGGCGCCAAAUCGACGAUGCGACCAUCGCCGGUCUGGACCCGAUUGCGCUUCAACUGGAACAGGAGCUCUCCGGCCAAAGUCGCAAGAAACCGCACACUCUACAGACCGUCCACUCCGACAUCGAAGAAGCAUGCCAAAGCCUCGAGGCCCAGAUCGCAGAGAUAGAGCAAGAGAACAGACGGGCUUUGGCUGAGGUCCAAGAAGUCGUUGGCGCCCUCAGUGAACUGCGACAUGGCCGCUUCGCUCCGUCAUCCAGUGGGGAAAACAUUGGAGAAGAAGUCAUGGCCACGCUCAAGCGACUUGAAGCUGCGUGCGAUGAACCAACAGAAUGAGAAUUGCGAAUAUCCGAGGAUCGUCUUGACGAAUACACCGUACAAACAUGGAGGGCAUGCUAGCGGUCGAACGGUUCAGUCUUCGACUGGGAU